UACAAAAUGUAAAUGUUAACUUUCUUUGGAGUACAAGUAGAUUUAUUCUUUGUAGGAAAAUAAUGCAAAUUGCAGAUCACAAUGAGGCCCAUAGGGACAAAUUGCACGUACUAGUAUAGGCUGAGCGUUACCGUAUGGAUUUGAUCAUUUUUCCUUGUGGUCCAUUGGCACUAAGAGGGAGAAGAAGAAAAAGAGAAAGAGAUGAAUAUUGGUCCUCAAGGGGAAUCAAGGGUGAGAAGUGACCAUCAAGGAGGAGAUGAAGUUGUGAAGAAGGUUGUUGAUGAUGAGGAUGCUGGUGCCCUCUUUGUCCUCAAAUCCAAAGGAUCAUGGUGGCACUGCGGGUACCACUUGACAACAUCGAUAGUGGCGCCGCCGUUGCUGAGUCUACCAUUUGCAUUUGCAAUGUUGGGAUGGGUGGCCGGAAUCGUCUGUCUGGUCGCCGGCGCCGUCGUCACCUUUUACUCCUACAACCUAACGUCACUUGUUCUCGAACACAAUGCUCAUCACGGCCGCCGCCUCCUCCGCUACCGUGACAUGGCCACCCUUAUCUUAGGAGCAAAAUGGGGCAAAUACUUUGUUGGCCCAAUUCAAUUGUUAGUGUGCUACGGUGCAGUCAUCGGCUCUAUUUUGCUCGGAGGACAGUGCCUUAAGACAAUUUAUAUGAUGUCAAAUCCAAAAGGGGGCAUGAAACUGUAUGAGUUUGUGAACAUUGUUGGGGUGGCAUCUUUGAUUUUGGGCCAAUUCCCAUCAUUUCACUCUCUAAGGCACAUCAACUUCCUCUCUUUGUUGCUCACCCUCUGCUACAGCGCAUGUGCCACAGUUGGCUCAAUCUCCAUUGGGCUAUCAUCAAAAGGGCCAAAGAGGGAUUACAGCCUUAGCAGCGAUAACGAAACACGUGUUUUUGGAGUGUUCAGUGCGGUGGGUAUCAUCGCCACAACGUUCGGGAACGGCAUCAUUCCCGAGAUUCAGGCAACAUUGGCUCCACCUGUGAAAGGGAAGAUGUUCAAAGGGCUUUGUAUUUGUUACUCAAUAGUGACAACAACAUUCUUCAGUGUGACACUUUCUGGCUACUGGGCAUUUGGGAACAAGUCCCAGGAAAUCAUCCUCAACAACUUCACACACAAUGGGAAAAAUUUAGUCCCCAAAGCCUUCAUCCUGAUCUCCAACUUGUUUGUCCUCGUGCAACUAUGUAGUGUGGCUGUGGUCUACUUGCAACCAACAAAUGAGAUGUUAGAAAGGGCGUUCGGGGAUCCUAAGAGCAAAGAAUUUUCGGCAAGGAAUUUGAUCCCGAGGGUAAUAACAAGAUCCUUGUCGGUCAUAGUUGCCACUGCAAUAGCAGCCACACUGCCGUUUUAUGGAGACAUGGCUGCUCUCAUUGGUGCAAUCGGAUUCAUGCCGCUGGAUUUUGUGUUGCCGGUUGUUUUCUUCAACCUGACAUUCAAACCUUCAAAGAAGAGUGUCAUUUUCUGGGUAAAUGUGGGAAUAGCAGUGGUCUUUUCCAUCUUGGGAGUCAUUGCAGCAGUUGCUGCAGUGAGACAGAUCAUUCUUGAUGCUAAAACCUAUACAUUUUUUAGCUAAUGUGUGAUUACUGUCAGGAUUUCUUCAUUAACUAGAAGCUUAACUGAUGUGCUAAGAAGGUUAUAAUGUGUGAAAUAAUAAUAGUUGUAAACAUCU